UAAUCGACCGGAAGGUUUAUGGUGUUACUCUCCCGUCUACUGAGCUGACUUUUUUCCCUGAGCUAUUCUCUUCUUUGUGGAAAAGUAUUAUCAGUUUUAAGUGUGCCUCUCUACCUCAACUCAUAAGACAUGGCGGGAAACUUCUGGCAAAGUUCUCACUAUCUGCAAUGGGUCCUGGACAAGCAGGACCUGAUGAAAGAGCGCCAGAAGGAUCUGAAGUUUCUUUCUGAAGAGGAGUAUUGGAAGCUGCAGAUUUUCUUUGCCAAUGUGAUACAGGCUUUGGGCGAGCACCUGAAGCUGCGGCAGCAGGUCAUUGCGACUGCAACUGUCUACUUCAAACGCUUCUAUGCCAGGUAUUCAUUGAAAAGUAUAGAUCCGGUGCUCAUGGCUCCCACCUGUGUGUUCCUGGCCUCCAAAGUUGAGGAAUUUGGAGUAGUGUCCAAUACCAGGCUGAUCUCUGCAGCAACAUCUGUGUUAAAAACAAGAUUUUCCUAUGCUUUUCCAAAGGAGUUCCCUUACAGAAUGAAUCAUAUAUUAGAAUGUGAGUUCUACCUUCUGGAGUUGAUGGACUGUUGCCUGAUAGUGUACCACCCAUACAGACCACUGCUACAGUAUGUGCAGGAUAUGGGCCAGGAAGACAUGCUGCUGCCCCUGGCCUGGCGAAUAGUGAAUGACACAUACAGGACAGAUCUGUGUCUGCUCUACCCUCCCUUCAUGAUCGCCCUGGCCUGCUUGCACGUGGCCUGUGUUGUGCAGCAGAAAGAUGCCAGGCAGUGGUUUUCAGAGCUUUCCGUCGACAUGGACAAAAUCCUAGAGAUUAUCCGAGUCAUCUUGAAGCUCUAUGACCAGUGGAAAAACUUUGAUGACAGGAAGGAGAUAGCUGCUGUGCUGAACAAGAUGCCUAAACCCAAACCUCCUCCAAACAGGUAAAUCUGAAAUUGAAAGUGACCAGAGCUCCAACGGUAACCAAAGCAACUCUUACAGCCAGUCAUAGCGCUGAAGAAAAGAAAGAAAGGAUGCAUUUUUUUUAAUGUUACACAGAACUUUGGUGUCAGCUGGAAGAAACAAAAACUACUUAAGCGGAUCUUUGAUGGGAGAGCCACGUCUUCACUUUCUUUUUCUCUCGUCACUUUGGGUUUGUAGAUUUUUACAAGCAGCCGUUGAACUGCCUGUGAGGGAACAGCUGAUCUGAGACAACUGUGUUGUUUAGAUCAGGCUCUCUCCUCUGAUCCAGACUUUAAAACUGUGGAAAUGAAGAACUAUAUUGAUGUGAGGAAAUACUGGUGGGAGGAAAGACGUGAUGGGUCAAGUAGAAACUGGUUGUAGUGUCAUUGUGAUGAUCCUGAUAUCCUUGAACAGCCUGGAGGAGCAGGUCCUUCACGUGGAGCUCUGUGGGAUUCGAGAAUACUUGAUCACAAUUACUGUGUCUGUGUGUUUAAAGAGAGAGUGUGUAUGUGUGUGUGUAUAAAACGUGAGCGACCAGAUUGGGUUGGGUUUUCAUUCCUCAGGGACUUUUAAUAGUCUUUCUCUGUGACAUGAUUUGAUCCUGUGCUGUCAUGAAGGGAUCUGAUUGGAUAUCAGGCUGUGAGGAUGUGAUGUGAAGUGACAACUCUGCCCUGGAUGAUCAUGAUCAUGAAGAGAGGCACAAAAUUAACUCUUAGUGUCCAAGAAUUGACUGUUUUUGAUCAUGAAAGUCAACAUUCUCCCUCCCAGUCUCUUUUCUGUUUUGUAAAUAGCCUUACUUUAUUUUAUUCUAUCUUCCUUUUUUUUUGCUUUAUAACAGAAGAAAUACAAAUCAUGAGCUUCUCUUAUUCUACAGAUGAAAAGUGCCCAUUUUUGUUUCACUGUUAUGAUUCAGUUGUAAUUAUUUUUCAGUUAUUCUGCUUCAGUUUUAGAUUAAAGAAUUGUGUAAAGCUUUUUUGUGAAGAUUUUAAUUUUGUCUUCUUUUUUUAGAAAAUCAAAAUUAUAAUUGUUCUUUAUAAAGUGUAUGUUGUACAUUAUUCUCAUUUUUAUUAUUCCCUCUGCCAUCUAUUUAAUAACUAAAUUGUGGCAGUGUAUGUGUGCAUAAACCUGUUAAUGUCUCUUAUUUUUGUGAUGUGAUCUGUGUGGCUGUAAUCAAAAGGUAAUUGAAAGCCUUACAAAAUAAAAGCUGCUGGUUAUAGAGAGCCUUAAUUAGAAGCACAUUCUCCCAUUCAGGUGAACUAUUAAACACAUUUUAGGUGGA